GAGUACGAGUUCUCGAAUUCAUCACUUUUUACCAGAAUGCAUUGCAUUUAACCAGAGUGUACUGCGCCACUUUUUACCAAAGUGCGUUACGCCGCCCCACGAACAACACGAAGACGUCCAGCUGUCGUCCUUUUUCGCGUGGGUUUCAGUGAGAAAGAUUAGUGGUUUUGUUUUGUUCUGAUUUACCUGUAAAACGAUGUGAAGGAGAUCGUGCUUGACUUUCACAACUCUUGCUUUCGUUCUUAAUGCACCAUGUGAAAGUUUGUAGGGCUGGACGAUUAAUUGUGACAUCGUAAGUUUAAACUUAGUAUUUCAUUUCUUAGCAGUCUCAACUACUAGGUCGAAUUCUUACGCGAAGAGAAAUCGUUGUUACUAAAGCUUGUAGAAUAAUUAACGAAAACCGUAGAACACGCUAAUUUCAUAUAUUUUGCGAUCUAUUCCUUUUCAUCCAAACAUGAAUUUAAGCUAAAAUUUUAGCAUUUUCACACAUCGCGAUGGACGCGUCCCACAAUCUGUCAACGUUCUAGAGACAUUUAUGCAUAUCAGUACAGAAUUUAUGGGUUAGAUUUCUGCUCCUACAAUUUCCACAUCUUUCGGUUUUCGCGAUCUGGUAAAGGGGAGGUUGAUGUGUAUCGUUUUAUGUCCAAACAUAGUUUAGAUCACCAUGCGCUAUUUUGCCACGAUCCGUUGUUGCACUUCGCCAUCGAUGCGUCAUCAUGCAUGAAGUUGUGGAUGAAUCACCGCAUAAAAUGUGUCACUAUCAACAGAAUGUGCCGCAGCUUUACUAUCUUUUAGAUACCCUAGUCUAUCGAGUGAAGAUUUGGUCAUUCAGUCGAGGGAAGAGAGAAGUACCGAGAAUUACUGCCCGACCGUAUUCGGCAUUUCUACGUUAAAGCAUCGGAGAACUUUCCGAUUCGUGCACCAAUCAUGAGAUAGCGCGCGCACUUAAUUGCCACUAAGCAGUCUUCGAUAGAAUGACUGCAGACACAGUCUAAUCUUAGAGAAUAUUAGUAGUGAAAAAAAACAAGAGAAUAGCCGAUUAGCACCCCUGUCACGUGAGUCGUGACCAGGGCUAAAAAAUUCGAAGGCAAUAUUAAUCGACUAGAACGUAAUCUUCAGUAACGCCAGACCCUGGUAACACAGUGCGCGUGACCUUAUUCGCUCGCCUUGUGUGUCAUUAUCGAAUCUUUUGUGACGUCAGCAGUGCACAGAACGCUAAAAGAUUUUGCUGAAAGCCAAGAGAGUGAGGAUGAAGAAAUGCUACUGUCUGGCAUAUUUUCUGUUUCUCUCAUGUGCGAUUUCUUUCUCUCUGGGAGAUGUGCAAUGUAAAAGGAGCCCGUCGACGCUUAAAUACAGCUGCAGUUCUUCAGCAGGCUCGUUGUCUUCCUUGAAACUCAAGCAUCUCGUCUCACCAGCCGCUGUUGAACUGGAUCUUAGCAAGAACAAGCUUUCCCUUAGGGAUGGUUGCUUCAGUACGUUCAAAAAGCUGCAAACUUUGAAUUUGUCAGGUGGAGGUUUAUCUAUAAUAUCAAGGCACAUCUUGAGCGGACUCACAUCUUUAAAAACUCUGGAUCUGUCUAAUAAUCGAUUUGAAAAUUUGCCGCCCGAUGUUUUCGAUGGCCUGGAAAAUUUGGCUGAAGUCCGCCUUCAAAACAAUAAAUGGAACUGUCACUGCCACCAAGGCUUGCGAGCGUUGACAACAAGACGAAACAUAAGCUUGGGUCCCGUGCCGGCCAAGUGUCACAAACCUCUCGUGUUCAAGAUACGCAAGAUCCUGAUUAAUGAGCAUUGUUUGGUAGAUGAGUGUUUGGAAGAAAAUGAUUGUGAUGACAUGGCGACGUGUACAGACCAGCUGUACAGUUACACCUGCAGGUGUAACACAAUAGGAUUUCAUGGCACAGGGAAAGAAUGUACAGACAUCAACGAAUGCAACCUCAUUAACGACUGUUCGAAUAUAGGCGGCCAAUGUAUCAACACACAUGGGAGUUAUGAGUGUUCCUGCCUGGAAGGUUUCACAGGAAAUGGCAAAACAUGCGUAGACGUAGACGAAUGCCAGUCUCACGAUUGCGACCAAGGAGAAUGUACCAACACUGCAGGCAGCUUCUCGUGUGAAUGUUAUGACGGAUAUGAAGAGAAUAAUCAACGUGUGUGUGUUGAUAUCGAUGAAUGCAAAUCUGGCUACAACAACACUUGUGACGCCAUUGAACACAGCUAUUGCUUCAACCUUGAGAAGUUUUACCCAGGCGACGACGGUUAUCAUUGUUUGUGCGAAACUGGGUAUAGAAAAGUUGGAAAAAGCUGCGUUCUUGAAGGUAACAUGAAGGGGCUGAUUAAAAUCAUUGCAAUGAUCAGUGGUGGAUUCGUUGGUAUUCUCUUUUUGAUCAUUAUCUCUACCGUGAUAUUCCGCAAAUGGCGAAACAGGACGCCUAAGAAGGAGAAGAAAGAAGAGACACCGGUCGUCAUGGCUCCUGUUGUUGGUAUGGAUCCCCUUGUAGACUUCGGCUUCCUGGGAAUGCCUCAAGCUGAGCAAGGGGAACAAGGCGAGGAGGAAUGGGGAGAGCUUGACGAUGAUGAGUAGGACUUGGAAUGAGUCGCCACUGCCAAACUAUAAUCGAGUUUCUUUUCACUGUGAAUAAUUGGAAUCUCUUGUGAAUAAAGCUGAACAUCAGGCCCUUGGA